AUGGUAUGCAAUAUGGCUACAAAAGGUGAACCCGAUGCUGCCGCUGCUUUGGGGGUCCACGACUUGACAACUCCCGAAUUCGCGAGCGCAAAAAUGGCCCCCGUCACAGUUCUUAAGCCUUCCGACACUGUCCCAUACAGUUUGGAAUCCCCAAUCAUGAACGCCGUCCCCUGGCAGUUGCCAGUCGGGAGCUGGGACACUCACGUACAUGUAUUUGACCCAGCAAACUAUCCAUAUGCCCCAUCACAUGCCUACUCGCCGGUACCCGCCUUGUACUCACAACUGCUCGCCUUUGGUGGCAGCUUAGCACAAUCUGGCGAAGCUGAAAACAUUGUCAUUGUGCAACCUUCGCCGUAUGGUACCGAUAAUUCCUUGAUUCUGGACAAGCUGGUCGAGCUUCAGGCUGAAAAGACUCGUGGUGAGGUUCGUGCUAUCGCUGUGAUCAACCCCGACAACAUCACGGACUCAGAGCUAGACCAUAUGCAAGCACUUGGAGUAAGGGGCAUUCGUAUCAAUACCGAAGCAACAGGGGAGGAGGUCGAUUAUGACAAAUUGCGUGCCCAAAUCGAGAAUGCAGUGAUGAAGAUUCGCCGAUUUGAGAAUUGGCGGUGCCAGCUCUUCGUGUCAGGCGACAACUGGCCGCAUCUCGCUGAAACUAUCCGCGAUCUACCGAUCAAGGUCAUUGCUGACCAUCAAGGCGGAAUGAAAGGAUUGUCAGCUCUGCCCGCCAACGUGACAGAUGUUACUAGACAAGCAGGUUUCGCAGAGCUCAUGAGUCUUGCUAAGGCCGAAAAGCUCUUCAUCAAGAUCUCGGGUUUCUACCGUUCAUCAAAAUUGACUACGGGCGGAUAUGAAGAUCUCGAACCACUGAUCAUGGCCUUUGCAAAGGAAGUGCCUGACCAACUAAUCUGGGGAUCUGACUGGCCACACACGGGCUCCAGCGCAAACCGAACUGAAGCUAAUAAGGAUGUGCCCGAGCAGUUUCGCGUAGUGAACAACGUGGCCGUGCUGAAAAACAUUAGGAAAUGGGUUGGAAGAGACGUGUGGUACAAAAUGACAGUUGCGACACCUGCGAAAGUCUACUUGUGA